UGUUAACUUCCGCCACGUUCCUGAUAACCGCCCCCUUGGCCAGCCGAGCAACACCCCUCCGUCCUUUUCACUCCUGAAUCCACAACCUGCAAAAUGGUCCAAACUAUUGAGGUCCAGGGCUUUGACGCCUUUGUGGAGGCUAUGGAAGCCCAGAAAGCGGCGGGGAAGACCAUAUUCGCCUUGUUCAGCGGAUCAAAGGACGCGAAUGGCAAGAGUUGGUGCCCUGACUGUGUGGUAGCCGAGCCUGUGGUGAAGGGCGCCCUUGGGAAAGCCCCCGAGGAUGCUGUGUUCCUGUAUGUGGGUGUAGGAGGGAGGGACUUCUGGAAAGACCCUCAGUGUAUCUUCAGAACGGACUCUCGCACCCGCCUGAGGAGCGUACCCACACUCAUGAAGAUAGGAGGACCCCAGAGACUAGAGGAGGAGCAGUGUGCCAAGACUGACAUGGUGGAGAUGCUGUUUGAAGAUGCUUAGUGCUGGUUGUGCCAUAUCAGUCAUUCCUGCCCUUUACGUAUCAAAACUUCCCAAAACUUGCCUCCCUCAUAUAUAACACCAGUACCCCAGUCUCAUUCCAGCCUAAUCCAGUGGCAUGUGGGAAGUAUCAUGCUCCAGUCAUUCUUAUCCAUCACUCGUGUCAAAAUCUCCCCCCUACUUAUCACUUUACGUCAUCCCAGCCUUUCAUAAUCCAGAGGCAGCCGUGUCAUGAGUGUGUUACUGAAAGAUUGUCUGGUGUGCAGUAGAGGGAAGUGAUUGUAUUGUCAUUCUGCAGUAAUUGAUAUGAAAUUAACAUGUGGGGAUUAUGAGGAAGUUCUUCACCUUUGUUCAUUAAGGGUUGUGAUUUAAUAUUCUAAUUAUUAUAUUUGUUUUCUCAGCAAUUUCACAGUUGGCAUGGGUGAGAUUUUAAUGUCACAAAAAGUUCAUUGUCAGCUCAUAAAUGGAUACUUCUUUUCAAAAAUAAUGUGAUCCAGCAAUUAAUAUAUAUUGACAAGUGAUGUUACAGUAUUUUGUACACCUCUGGAAACGCAUUGACAAAUUUAUACAACUGAAUUUCUCUUUCAAAUAAGCAUUUGGGUGUCACAUCCUUCUGUCUUUAAGAGUAAUGUGAUAAUAUGUGAUUCAUCCAGUUAUUUAAUUUAAUAUACAGUUGUGUAAAAA